UCUGGAGGGAUGCUUAGGACAGGAUGUCCGAUCCUGGGUGCAGGGUCCCUGAUUGCCUCUAGGAGUUGCUUGUUCUGGUGGCAUUGCCAGCACAUUCUUUGAGGGUACAUUCUGUAUCAAUAUCUAUGUGAAUAAGGAAGUAAAAGAAUGAUUCGUUGCUGGGGGAAGGAAGGUGGAUGCAUUUUCUUCAUUUUAUUUUGGACUUGCAGGUGGGAGAUGCCCCAGUGUUAGAUUCAGAAUCUUCAUCUUGAAGGAGGGAGCCAGGGACCAUCUGGCAGUCCCCACUGAGAGACAGUAGGCUCUGUGGUGUGUGCUUGAGGGCUGAUGAAUUCUGUUUAAGGAGUGAAUUAGGGAGUUGAUGUCUGAGAAUAUGUGCCAUGGAAAAACCCCCUCACCAGAUAUAACACUCUUUCUGUUCUUUUGUAGCCCCCAGGAUGGACUUUCUGGUUCUCUUCUUGUUCUACCUGGCUUUGGUGCUGAUUGGUGGUAUUAUGAUCUGCAUCUACUCAAAAACUCAUCACUUGAAAGGACUUGUCAGGGUAGGAGUGCAGAUAUUUUCCCGCAUAAUUCCAAAAUGUCUUCAGAGAGCUGUGAAAAGAUUGCAUCAUUACCUCUUCCAUACAAGAAACUACAUCUUCAUUAUUCUGCACCUGGCCUUGCAAGGGAUGAUUUAUACUGAAUAUACCUGGGAAAUACUUGGCUAUUGUCAAGAACUGGAGUUCUCCUUGUAUUACCUCCUUCUGCCCUAUCUGCUGCUGAUUGUAAACUUGUUUUUCUUUACCCUAACAUGUGUAACCAAUCCUGGCAUUAUAACAAAAGCAAGUGAAUUAUUAUUUCUUCAAGUUUAUGAAUUUGAUAAAGUGAUGUUUCUAAAGGACACGAGGUGCUCUACUUGUGAUUUGAGGAAACCAGCUCGAUCCAAGCACUGCAGUGUGUGUAACUGGUGUGUGCACCGUUUUGACCAUCACUGUGUUUGGGUGAACAACUGCAUCGGGGCCUGGAACAUCAGGUACUUCCUCGUGUACCUCUUGACAUUGACCGCCUCGGCUGCCAGCAUGGCCAUUGUGAGCACUGCGUUUCUGGUCCACUUGGUGGUGGUGUCGGAGCUGUAUCAGGAGACUUACGUUGAUGACCUUGGACAUGAUCAGGUUAUGGACAUGGUCUUUCUUAUUCAGUACCUGUUCCUGGCCUUUCCAAGGAUUGUCUUCGUGCUGGGCUUUGUUGUGGUCCUGAGCUUCCUCCUGGGUGCCUACCUGUGCUUCGUUCUGUACCUGGCAGCCACUAACCAGACUACUAACGAGUGGUACAGAGGUGACUGGGCCUGGUGCCAGCAUUGCCCCCUUGUGGCCCGGCUCCCAUCAGCAGAGCCCCAAGUGCACCAGAACAUUUACUCCCAUGGGCUUUGGAGCAACCUUCGAGAGAUCUUUCUACCUGCCAUUCCAUAUUACAAGAGAAAGAAGAAGUGAGAAUGGAAAGAGUGUUACUGUCUUUUAAGUCUAGUGUACAUUUAUUUAUAUAUAUGGGUACUUAUUUUCUAAACCUUGCUAGUUUA